CUUUGUUCAAAGAGAAAAUGGCGGCAGGUAGUGAGAGCAACUGUUUCUUCUUUUACCUCUUUUUCUUUUCUGUUUUGCGCAUCACAUCGGCUCUAAGAUGCGAGGAUAUCUCAGUUCAAAAUCUCUCAAGAGACUGGCAUUUUUUACUGGGACCAAAGGAUUCCAUCAUUGCGGUGUGUGUGCAUGGUGGGGAGCUUAGGUUGUCUCGCCUUUGGGCAAGUGUUAAAGUCAUGCUCAAAUUUGAAAAAACAGAGGUGCAGUUCUAUGAGGCUGAAAGCUGCUCAGCCUUAAAUCCAGCAAAUAAGUCCUGGGCAUCAGUGUUUCAGUCAUUUGUCACUUCGAGGAAUGUUUUGGAUCAAAUCAUGUUCAGUUACUCGCCAUUUAAGACGUCAUGCUUUGCAGUUGAUUUAAUUAAAGAGAGGCAAACUGUGAGAGUGGAGGCUUCACUUCGAGCUAUUGACUGGUAUUUCCCAGUAACUUUCCUGGCAGGGCUUGUGAUAUUUUACAACGCAGAAAGACUUAGUAGGAAUGCUUUGUUUUUUUACUCGUCGGGAGUGUCACUUGGCGUCAUUGCUUCCCUGUUGAUUUUGGUUUAUAUUCUGCACAGACUUGUCCCAGGGAGAGGAAGUGCCUAUGCUAUCUUGUUAGGAGGUUGGAGUUUUGCUGCCUACCUUAUCCAAUUCACAUGUGGUCACUUGAAGGAGCUCAUGGUCAACCAAUAUCAGUGGGUCAUUGGAUAUCUUGUGAUAGUAGGCACAAUCAGCUUCUGUGUUUGUUAUUAUCGCGGUCCCGUGACAAGUGACCGGGGAUUGGACCUUAUACGCUGGAUGUUGCAAUUCAUCGGACUGACACUACUAUAUAUGGGUACUCGGUCGGACGUGGUUUCUUUUGGACUGAUAACAGUGGUGUUGUUUUCACAUGUUAUUCGCAGUAGCGGUAUUCUCAUGAAGAUAUUUCCAAAAACUUGGAUUUCCUACGGAGUUUAUUACUUCUUCUUUCCACCCAAACACAAGUUUCUAUCACUGGAGGAGUAUGCCUUAGAAGGGGCGGAGGAAACAAGCAGAGCUUUAGAAGAUCUUCGAGAAUAUUGCAAGAGUCCUGAGUGUGAUACUUGGCGAGUGGUGAGUCGACUGAAGCAUCCAGCAAGAUUUGCUUCAUUCGUGGCAAGCGGACAGCAUUUUCUAGAAGAAGAAGUCAAGAAAUACGAGGAUGAUCCAUCGGGAUGGAUGACGUCAGACAGUGAUGGAAGUGACGGAGAACCUGAUGACCGUAUUGAUUAACACUCGUAACCGUUCAACGCCAAGAAGCAGCAA